UUGAAUUUCAUGAUAUAAAAAGCAAUGCAUGCAUCAAUUUUCAUUUCAGUUUGCAUUUGUAAUUUAUUCUGAAUUGAUCAACUUAUCCUGCAGCAUCAUGGAAGGGAAGAUUGUUUGUGUCACUGGCGCUUCCUCAGGCAUUGGAGCUGAUAUUUGCGUUGAGUUAGCUAAGAAUGGUUCGAUUGUCAUUGGAUUAGCUCGACGUGUUGACAAAAUUACGGAAUUAAAUAAAAGAUUAACUGAUCAAACAACGUCUGGAAAGAUAAUUGGCUACAAAUGCGAUAUUGAGAAUCAGAAUGAGAUUUUUGAGGCGUUUGCAUUUAUAAGGAAAGAAUAUGAGCGGCUUGAUGUGUUUGUAAAUAAUGCCGGCGUUCUUAUGACUAGCUUUAUAACUGAAGAUAAUCCAGAAAAUAUUCGAAAGCUGUUCGAGGUCAAUGUUAUUGCGUCUUGUGUUUGUUUAAAGGAAGCUGUUAAUCUUAUGAAGGAAACAUCUGGCAAGGGUCAUGUGAUAAUUAUGAAUAGUAUUUUAGGUCAUCGAAUUCCUGACAUUCCACCAAAUAUGAGACCUCCAUUUGGACUAUAUCCAGCAUCUAAACACGCACUUCUGGCAUUAGCACAGUCAUUGAGACAGGAAUUGAGUUAUCUUAAACUUCCAAUCAAAAUUACUUCAAUUUCACCAGGAAUGGUUGAAACAGAAAUAUUGGCUGGAUUCAAUCAACAGCUUGUUGCAAUGUUACCAAAGUUAAAGGUUGAAGAUGUAACAGAAGCUGUUAAGUAUGUGCUUAAUACACCGGAUCGUGUUAGAAUUGACGAUAUGAUUAUUAUGCCUAUGAUGUAAAAGUCACUCAACUUACAUGCUGUUUACAUUUGUUAAUUAAAUCCCUUGAUUGACUGCGAAGCUUUCAAUUAAAUAUCAAACAUGACAAUAUGAGAAAAAAAAGAUAAUUAUUUGUUUAAAUUAUAAUAAAAUUUACAUUCGUUUUGUUAAUAAGUGGAAGCAACUGCGAAUAUCUGAGA